ACCUGGCCUAAGAUGGGGAGCGUGCUAUUCACAGCUGUGUUCAUAGCGUUACAUUUUGCCACCGGCGGCCUGGCCAACCCAGAUGCAAAACGUUUAUACGACGAUCUUUUAAGCAAUUACAAUCGUUUAAUCAGGCCAGUGGGCAAUAAUUCCGAUCGUUUGACGGUCAAAAUGGGUCUACGGCUAUCGCAGUUGAUAGAUGUUAAUUUGAAAAAUCAAAUCAUGACGACGAACGUGUGGGUGGAGCAGGAAUGGAAUGACUACAAAUUAAAAUGGAAUCCGGAUGAUUAUGGCGGUGUGGAUACUUUGCACGUACCAUCCGAACACAUUUGGCUGCCGGAUAUUGUGCUAUAUAAUAACGCUGACGGCAAUUACGAAGUGACAAUAAUGACAAAAGCAAUUUUACAUCACACCGGCAAAGUGGUGUGGAAGCCGCCCGCCAUUUAUAAAUCGUUUUGCGAAAUCGAUGUCGAGUAUUUUCCAUUCGAUGAGCAGACGUGUUUCAUGAAAUUCGGCUCUUGGACAUACGACGGUUAUAUGGUGGAUCUGCGCCAUUUGAAGCAAACAGCGGAUUCGGAUAACAUAGAAGUGGGCAUCGAUCUGCAGGACUACUACAUAUCUGUGGAGUGGGAUAUAAUGCGUGUGCCGGCCGUGCGUAAUGAGAAAUUCUAUAGUUGUUGUGAAGAGCCCUAUUUGGAUAUCGUUUUCAAUCUGACGUUGCGUCGCAAAACACUCUUCUACACUGUCAAUCUAAUCAUACCAUGUGUAGGUAUCUCAUUCCUAUCGGUAUUGGUCUUCUAUUUGCCCAGCGAUUCCGGCGAGAAGAUCUCACUUUGUAUCAGCAUUUUGCUAUCGUUGACGGUGUUUUUUCUCCUGCUCGCCGAAAUUAUACCGCCAACAUCGCUGACGGUGCCGUUAUUAGGCAAAUAUUUGCUCUUCACUAUGAUGUUGGUAACGCUGUCGGUUGUGGUCACCAUUGCGGUGCUUAAUGUUAACUUUAGAUCGCCUGUGACACAUAAAAUGGCGCCAUGGGUACAGCGUUUAUUUAUACAAAUUUUACCUAAACUCCUUUGCAUCGAACGACCGAAGAAAAACGAAGCCAACGAGGACGAUCAACCGCCCGAAGUGCUUACCGAUGUCUUCCAUUUGCCACCGGAUGUGGAUAAAUUCGUGAAUUACGAUUCGAAACGAUUUAGUGGCGACUAUGGUAUACCAGCACUUCCUGCCUCACAUCGUUUCGAUUUGGCUGCCGCGGGCGGCAUAGCGCCCUGUUUUGGUGAUCCGCCCCUACCCUCAGCACUGCCACUGCCCGGCGCCGAUGAUGACCUCUUCAGUCCAUCGGGCAAUGGGGAUAUCAGUCCCGGCUGUUGUCAUGCCGACUUGAGUCCGACCUUUGACAAGCCGUAUAUGCGCGAAAUGGAGAAGACAAUCGAGGGAUCGCGAUUUAUAGCGCAACAUGUGAAAAACAAAGAUAAAUUUGAGAGCGUGGAAGAAGAUUGGAAAUAUGUUGCCAUGGUAUUGGAUCGUCUAUUCCUGUGGAUCUUCGCGAUUGCAUGUGUGGUCGGCACAGCGCUGAUUAUCCUGCAAGCGCCCAGUUUGUACGAUCAAUCACAACCGAUCGAUAUUUUAUAUUCGAAAAUCGCUAAGAAGAAGUUCGAACUGCUAAAAAUGGGCAGUGAGAAUAGCUUAUAGCGACCGCUUGGGUUCGCAGCGGGCUGGUGGAACUUAAUCACCAGCUCGAUGCGAACCCUCUUCGCCGCACGCGAUGACGAUCGCGGAUAAUACAACGAUGCCAUUGCAAUGGUCGAACGUAUUUUACAAAAUUUUAUUGGUGCUGGCGAAGGACAACAAGACGACGAAAUAGUAAAAAAUGUUAACAUAACUAAUGAUAAAUACCCAAUACACGAUGAACAAGCUGAACAAAUAACAAGUGACGACGUUAAUAAAACUGAUAACAUAGCAGAAGUAGUUAAUAACGAUGACGCGUCUAACGUCCUAAAACAAAACAACCUAAAUAAAAAUGCUAAAAUGCAAUUGAAAAUAAUUGUUAAAUCAGAAGAGCAAAACGUAAGCGAGGACAGAAUUGCAUUAGAUGGGCGUGGCGUUGGUUAUGAGCGACUUAAGGUAAUUUUCCGCGAUAAUAUUAUUAUGGAGAAUACUACAGCGCGUGUUGUUGGAGAGCAAUUGAUCAAAAUAAAAUUGUUGCCGUAAAGUAGUUGAGAAUUAGUAAAUUAAAAUGGUAAAAAAAAAUCAGUGUGUAGAAAAGGCGCAAAAACAGUUAAUAUGUGUAUGCAUACUCAAGCAAGCACAUAUAUACGAGUAAGAGAGAAAGAGAGUGAGAGCGAGUGAAGUAAAUUUCACUCAAGAGCGCAAGCUUAAAUGUCUGUAAAAUGUAACACUUGAGUCUAAAGUGUGCAUAUGGUAGAGUAUAUUUGCAAAAAAAAAGCUCACUCAGCCAUCCAGGUAUGUUUAAAAAUUAAUAAAACACAAAAUAAUAUUAACUUAAAUAUUAUUAAAAAUAUUAACAGGUAAUAACACAAAGAGCUAAAAAUCACGUUACUAAUUAACUAAUUUACCGUAUGAUAAAUGUUUACUAAACAGCUGAAAAGAAACUACAAAAGUAAACGAGUUUAUAGAUAUGUAUUUAGUAUGUGUAUGUAUGAUUAGGUAUAUGAAAUAAAACACAAAAACAAAAAUUGUUGUAGUUGAACAAUCAUCAACAAAUGCCACAUUUUUUUCUACCGAAGAUGCAAGUGUAAAACGACGAAUAAGUUAGUUAUUAAGUAUAAAUACAAAUAAGAGCAAGCGUAAUUAGUUAAAAUGCAUAGAACAGUUACAGUUAGGCACAAUAGUAUGCAGACUAAUUGAGCGCUGUUGAAAGUGCAGAACGAGCGUGUAGUGACGAACAUAGGAGAGAGAUAGAGAGAGAAAGAGCGCGUUUGAAAGUGUAUAGCACAUAACAAACACUAUGCUCUUUCCUUCUAACACAGUCAGCAAAUAUGAAGAUCCCGUUAUGCUAAUUAUAAUAUAAUUUUGGCAUAAAAUAUGCAAGCGCAAUGAAAAACACGCUGCAAAAAAAAAAAAAACGUUUUUUACUUAGUGUAAUUUAAUUAUAAAUUUUUUAAUAAAUUAAUUUUCUUUCUUUGGGAUUAAGUUCACAUAAAGUAUAGCAAUAAUUGAAAUAAGUGCAAAAUUUUUAAAUUCAACGACUGAAUGUGCUUAUGUCUACAUAAUUGUAUGUCUAAGUAAUAAAAUAUGUGUGUACGCACCUUAAGAUUGAAAAAAAAAGUUAAUUAACAUAAAAAUGCCAGCAAAAAACAGUGUAAUUACGGAGUUAAUGAAUAAUAAUUCAAAAAAAAAUAUUUUUGUUUUCUAAAUUUAAAUGCAUAAAAUAAUUUUAGCAUAAGCACUAAAACUAUUUAUCUGUGCCGUACAUACAAAUAGCAAAAGCAAAAUAAAUAAUUACACUAAGCACGGUUUGUUUGCAGAAAUUUUUUCAUUUCAUAUAGCAUAAAUGUAUGUAAAUUAACUCUGUGUAAAAAUAAGACAUAAAAAAUUAAAAUAUAUAAAAAGGUAUUUGUUGACGACAGGCAACAGAUCGAAAGCGUAAAUUCUGAAAUUAAUUUAGAUAAUGGAAAAAA